AUGGCCGCACAUGAGGGAAGCCAGGCCAGCGAACCUGAGGAGGUCAGGCCUGCAGAGCUGUGCAGGCUGACGGCUGCCACCACAGGCCGUGUGCUGAUGCGGAAGAAAACGGAAGGGAGGCCGGGAAACUGGGAGUCUGUUGAUCUGUUGGUUCGAGUCGACUUGUGGUGGAUCGCUGCACGACCACACAAGGCGUGCCCUAAAAAUGUGACAGCAUGGCAGAAGGGGGAUCGCAUCAGCUUGCUCAGGGGUGAGACCCAGGUGGCACACAUCGAAGGCGAAGAUGAGUGGUCUGUGGCCAAUGGGGAUGAUAGGCAGGAGUUCAAAGCUGUAUCGACAGCUGAGGCAGCCCGAUGGGUGGCUGCCUUGCUUCGUAGAGUGUGUUCAUGGAGUGAACUGCUACAAGACAGAGAAGCCGUGGAGCAGGGGCUGCCAGAUGACAGCUGCCAAUGCGAUGAAGUGCCUGGCCCCAUCCCUCUGGUUCAAUUGGAAGCCACUCAGGAGAUGGUGAAGGCACUGGGAGUGGCUGCAACCUUCACAAAAGAGGUGCUGGGGGCGAUGCCCAUCGCUGGGCCGGUUCUGUCUCUGCUGGGAUUUGCAUUGGAGGUGGUUCAUCGGGAUGUGGCCGAUUUUGAGGGGCUUCGCCCAGCAAAGUCAGCACUUGAGGAAGUGGCAAAGCUGACGAUUCAGACUCUGCACAGGGCACUGAAGAUGAGAGAUGAAGAAUAUGAACAGGAGCUUUUGAAUGUACUGCAGAUGAUCGAAAGCACUGCGCGAAUGCUCGAGAGUCAUGAACACAGGUCUGCAUGGAGGAGGACCAAGCAGGCAGUAUUGAAAUCGGGCAGAGGGCCAUCGGCUGUUCUGGAGCUGCUGAAGCAGUGUCAAGAACGCCUCAAUACCCUCAAGAUCCACCAACUGGAGAAGCUUCAGAUUUUAGGGCUCAAAAGACAGGAGGACAUGUGUGAGAACUUGGAGGACAUGCAUGAGAACUGGGAGGGCAUGCAUGAGAAUUGGGAGGACAUGCAUGAGAACUUGGAGGACAUGCACAAGAACUUGGAGGCAGUAAACAAGAAGCAAGAGGUUCUUCUGGCAAACCAAAAGAAGAUUAUGGCUCAGAGCAGUCUUGCCCGAAGGAACUGCUGCUCCCCUUCACACAUUCCACCUGCACUAGACACGGUAGCUCUAGACAACCAGUUGUGUGUAGUCAGGAACAUGUUGUUGCAGAGCACAACAACUUACGUGGUCAUUUGGGGCAUGGGGGGCAUUGGGAAGACCACAUUGGCAAGGGCGCUCGUCAAUGACUCUGUGGUUCGCAAGGAGUUCGAAAAAUGUAGUUUUGUGACAAUAUCACAGAACCCCAACAUCACUCAUUGUCAGAAACAGAUAUGGGAUGCCCUUGUAGCCACAAAAGAUGGUGUGCAGUUUACCACUCCUGAAGAGGGCAGGUUGCGACUGCAGGCAGCAUUGAAAGACGAGGGUAUGUUCAUUGUUCUGGACGAUGUGUGGGAUGCCACUCAUGUUGAACAACUUGAUGUUGUGUCUUCAAAGAGCCGAGUCCUCAUCACUUCGCGAAAUGAGAAAGUUGCAACAUGUGUGAGAGCGAGGCGCUAUGCUGUUGUGGCACUUGAUGAGUCUGAGUCGAUGGAGCUCUUUUGCAAGGAAGCCUUUGUAAGUGGACAGCCCUUGAAGUGGCAGAUGGCAUAUGUCAAGGAGAUUGUGCAGGAGUGUGGUGGUCUCCCUCUUGCAUUGAAGGUCAUGGGAGCAGAAGCCAGAGGCUAUGGCCCAGGAGAAGAAGGGGGAUCGGCGCCCAAGCCCUCACAAAAGAGAAAGUGGCGAAGCGCAGUUGAGGGCAUAAAGUCAGAUGGAGUGGUGUCGAGUGGCGUGUUUGACAGAGUUUUCAAGAUGAGCUUCGAUUCCCUGAAAGCUCAGCAUCGAGCUGCCUUGCUUGAUUUGGCAAUGUUACCUGAAGACCACGAAGCAAGGGAGUCUGAUUUGGUGGAUAUGCAGUAUUGCAAUGGCUUGAGUACUAAUGAAGCAUACAAGGUGCUGGAAGAUUUGGCUGCAAAAUCCUUGAUCAUUCGCACUGGAAAGUACGAAUUGGAUGUAUAUGAGUUUCAGUCCACUGGUUUUGUGACCUGCCGCUUGCACGAUGUGGUGCGCGACAGUGCGUUGAGAAUGAUUGCUGAGUUGCCCAUUGCAGAACGCCCCCGCUUGGUGUCAUCCCACCUGAAGGAGUUGGCUUUUAAAGGUGUGAGAUUGUCUACAGCAAAAAUCUCCACAACGCACAGCAUUGGGCAAGACAAAAAACUGGAUUUGCAGCAGUUGGAUGUGCCUGAAUUGCAGUCCCUUGUGCUGAGAAAUGCAGAGAUGUUGGAGUUGCCUGCAUCCCUAUUGACAAUGAACCUGGUAGUCAUCGAUUUGACAUCUUCGGGAAUGGUCAGCCUGCUUGCCCAGGUGACAUGCCUUCAAUAUGCAAAGGUACUGCGUUUGGAUUAUUGUGACAAGUUGGUGUGUCUGCCAAGUGAAAUGGGCAAUAUGCAACAGCUCUCAGUGCUGUCUAUGCGGGGAUGCCGUGGCAUCUUUGAAUUGCCAAGUUCAGUAGGCAGACUGUCAAAUUUGACAAAGCUGCUCAUGCCCAGCUGUGGAAUUGCACACUUUCUGGCAAUUGAAGAGGGCUGUUUGCAGAGUUUGACCAUGCUGGACCUGAGCAGGUGUUUUGGCCUAAAGUGCUUGCCUCCAAGUUUGGGAGAAUUGGGCAGUUUGGUGGCGCUGGACUUGGGUGGGUGCUGGCAACUGACCUCCCUGCCAUCUACCAUAGGGCAGUUGGCAAACUUAGAGGUUCUGCUUUUGCAUGGAUGCGAAAGUCUUGAGGAAUUGCCAAGUGCAGUAACCUCCCUUGGGCACUUGGCAGAGUUGGAUGUCCAGGGAUGCACCAAGCUGACAUGUCUCCCUGAAGGUCUUGCUGAUGGUUGCCAAGAGCUGGGAAUAUUGCGCCUUCAGCUCAAUUCAGCAAUGGCCUUCCCAGAGUUUGUGGUGGAUUUUGAGCAGCUGCUGGUGUUGGGAUUGCAUAAGGACUGGACACUGCCAAGCACUGUGAGUGAGACACUGCAGGACGAGCAGGUGUCCUUGGAGCAGGAGCCAACAGAGGAGUACAGGUCCACAGAAUAUGUGGACAGAGACACCCCACUUCACUGGGCAGCUGAUCUGGGUCUGACAGAAAUGCUGACGUUUCAUCUGAGAGAGACCAGUGUGGACAAUAGGAGCCGG